GCUAUACUGCUAUACUGCUAUUUGUCAUGCUCGAACAGCUCAAUACGUUAUCUACAUCCUUGUUCGGGGAUCGUCGCGGAGUCGAGAUGCGUCCGCCAAACCCAGCGGAGUUGGGGAUGAUGCGUUAUAAUCUCAAGAUGCUCAGUGAUCGACUAUCAGGAUUAUUGGUCCGACUCAAUAGCUCUCUAUCUACCUCAGUAUCCCUGUGAUAAGCGAGGUUGCUCGAUACUCAAACUUUCUGGAGCUGCAGCUAAGUUAAUUAUGCAUGACCGCAUCCGAAAUUGGUGCAUACCAUUAAGACUAGUCUUCUUGUUCAGCAAAGAUCGUCGACACUCUGAUCGUUUCAAGGAUACUAUACACUACUGUCACCUCACAAGCAGCGCAGAUCCAAGUCUGCAGCACCGCUCACACGCAUUGUUAACAUUCUCCUCGAUGUUCAGCUACUGCCCGAUGCCUCUCGCCUCAAUUUUGAGAUUGCCUUUUACCUGGACCCUCGGUACCUGCAGCAUGGCCCUCUCUGCCAGGUCUCGCCGUCCAUCCUGGAUCGACUGUGAAAGUUGCGUUGCCACCACUGCAAUGGCCGGCCUCUGUCCUCGGCGAAUUGUUCUUUGCAUGGAGAAUUGUUGAGGACUGGAUUUUGAGACUGCUUCCAUCCGGAUGUCCGACUGCGAUAACGGAGGAUAUUGUAUUCCAGUUAUUGAGAUGCUGUAUACCAAGGUGGUUCUCCCG